AAAAAUAUUGGGCUCAAACAUUAAUUCAAUCGAUUUUCAUUUGUUUAAUGAAUUUUGACAACUAAAAACAGGAAAAAAUGGAGAGCGUGAAGAGAAGUCUCCAUUACAAGCAAAGCAGCUAUUGAAAACGUGAAACCAGUGCAAAAUUCGAAUUUCUAAACUACUUUGAAAUCAAAAUCAAAUCGACAAACCCUAACAAUCGCCAUAACCAAAACCUAAAAUCCUCCUCAUCAUUGACAUCACCAGAUCUUUCAUCAAACUAAAUUAUCUCCGUUUUCAUCUGCUUACUUGACUGUUCGCGCAAUUCCACUAGUAUCAAAUUCUUCAUUUUCCUUUUCCAAAAUUAAUCCGAAUCUCAAUAUUCAACGCCACAUUCUUAGCAGAUCCGCCAUUAUUUCACCAAUUAUAAGCUCAAUCAUUACAAAUCUACUCAAAAUUUGAUCAGCGAUUUUCUGAUAUACUAUAUGAUAAAUAAGACAACAAGAAGAUCAUCGUUAUGGGAUUAACAGAAAGGAAGAAGUGGUUAUUCGCACUAUUCUCUGCAUUAUUAGUCUCUCUUCUUCUAUUUCUUACUGCAAUUUCAGGACUCAACGCUUCAUAUGCUUUCACUUUUAGCAGUUAUAAACCCGCUGUAAUUGCUAACCGAGGCUCUCAAUCCCCUCCUUCCUUUGCAUACUACAUUAAUGGCGGAAAAGGCGAUAAGGAGCGCAUCUUACGCCUUUUGCUUGCUGUCUAUCAUCCCCGAAAUCGGUACUUAUUGCAUCUCUCAUCGGAUGCAUCUUCUAAUGAGAGAGAAUGGCUUGUUGCUGCUGUGAGGUCCGUACCGGCCAUUCAAGCUUUUGAGAAUGUGGAAGUAAUUGGGAAGCCUAUAUGGUUGACUGACAUGGGUGCUACCAAUAUAGCAGCUACUCUUAGAGCAGCUGCUAUUUUAUUGAAGUUAGAUGAUGGUUGGGAUUGGUUCAUUACUCUCAGCGCUUCUGAUUAUCCUUUGCUCACUCAAGAUGACUUGGCUCAUGUAUUUUCAUCAGUUAGAAGGGAUUUGAAUUUCAUUGAUCACACCAGUGAGCUCGGUUGGAAAGAAGAGCAAAGAAUCCGACCAAUCAUAGUGGACCCUUCUAUAUACUUGGCUAGAAGAAGUCAGACGUUUACUGCAACGCAGAAGAGACCAACCCCAUCUGCUUUCAAAGUUUUUACAGGUUCUCCCUGGGUUACUUUAAGCCGCUCAUUUUUGGAAUAUUGCCUAUUUGGUUGGGAUAAUCUUCCUCGCACCAUCCUAAUGUAUUUUAACAAUGCAAUAAUGCCUCAAGAAGGCUAUUUCCAUUCGGUAGCUUGCAAUGCACCGGAAUUCAGCAACACAACGGUCAACACUGAUUUGAGAUAUAUGAUAUGGGAUAGUCCUCCGAAAAUGGAUCCUCACUAUCUGAAUGUAUCCGAUUUUGAUCAGAUGAUUAAAAGUGGAGCUGCUUUUGCAAGAAGAUUCCAAAAGGAUGAUCCAGUAUUGACAAUGAUAGAUGAGAGAAUACUUCAUCGAAGACAUAAUAGAGUAACACCAGGGUCUUGGUGUUCUGGCCAGAAUAGUUGGUUUACUGAUGGUUGUACCCACUUGGGUGAUAUAAACUCGUUGAAACCUGGCCUUCAAGCAAAAAGGUUUUCCGAUUCAAUAACAAACUCCAUUGAUGACAUUAAUACUCAGUCCACACAAUGCAAAUGAGAGCUCAGUGAAGUUCAUUUUUCAACUUACGUGAAAACAUGAGCGAUUACAAGUGCAUUCUAUUAGCUCCUUGCUGAAGUGGUUCUACAUCCAGAAAUGGAUGGGUGUUUGUACUAAUUUCCAUAUAAAAAUGUUGAUAGUGGGAGGAGCGGGGAAUAUAGGCCGAACUUCAAGCCAGGAUUGUGGCUUAGAGAAUUGGCCAUCUCAUGAAGAGAUUGUUGUAGAGUAAUCAGAUAUCUAAAAUAACUAGAAAAUCCCUUUAUUAUGGAGUAGCUGCGGUAUACGUACUGAUCCUUUUGUACCACAUUUUGAUUCUUGAUAGCCUUAUAUCAAGUUUCUACUUCCCAUGCUCUAUGGGCUAUGUUCAAUUAAUUUAUUUUUAUACACCUCUGGUCCUCUUUCAUUUAGUGUUAGAAAUGACUUGUACCAUACUAUGAAUGUGAUGAUUAUUCUCGAUCA